AUGUACAACCCCUUCUCAAAAACCGGCGGCACUGGCGGUGGCGGCGGCAGCGGAUACCAACAGCCUCCUCGCGGAGCACCACCUCAAUCCGGUGGCGGCGGCGGCGGUAACUUCAGCAGACCCUCAAACUACGGUCAACAAACCUAUGGUGGUGCAGGAGGAGCAUCUAUGUACGGUGGUGGCGGCGGCGGAUAUCAACAACCACAACAACCACAGCAACAAUCCCGUGGUGGUGGUGCUCAAGAAUUCGGGAUUACCAAAGUUCCAGAUGAAACCUGGGUUUUGCAGAAUGUUAUGGCUGUGAGUCCUGAUGACUUUAGAGAGGAGUCAUAUGUCAUUCUUGAUGAGAGAUGUGUCGUUACUGUUAGACCAGCACCAUCCAUCCCCCGUGGAUUAAUCGGUCUCGGUAACGCUCAAAGAGAAUGGGGUCAAUGGGGUCUUCAAGACCGUAUUUCAGUCCGAAGAUACGACCCUUUCUCCUCGGGAAAACAAGCAUACCUAGGCUCUAUGGACGUCGAAAUCGGCUUCGCUACCAAAAAGGUCUCAGAGGAACAAUACGAUCAAGAUGAUCUUUCAAAACUAGUCAUUCGGAACUUCCAAAACCAAAUGUUCUCCCCGGGCCAACUCGCCAUCCUCGACGUCCGCAACAUGCGUCUCCAAAUCCACGUCAAAACCGUCGAAAUCGUCGACCUAACCCAAGAAAAAGGAACCUCAGGCCAACAACCCACAACCUCAGACCCUUUCGCCAGAGGUAUCCUAACCCCUCAAACCUUCAUCACAUUCUACAAACAUGCCGCCUCCCCCAUAAAACUUAAGGGUUCAUCCAAACGUCCCGCUGCGAAUAGUAUCAUCCAACCCAACUUCAAAUUCGAGGAUAUGGGAAUCGGUGGUUUAGAUACCGAGUUUUCUGCAAUCUUUCGAAGAGCCUUUGCUUCUCGUAUCUUCCCCCCGGGGUUAGUCGAAAAACUAGGAAUCCAGCACGUCAAAGGUAUAUUACUCUACGGACCUCCGGGAACAGGAAAAACCCUUAUAGCCCGACAAAUCGGAAAGAUGUUAAACGCUCGAGAACCAAAAGUCGUCAACGGUCCCGAAAUCCUAAACAAAUACGUCGGACAAUCCGAAGAAAACGUUAGAAAGUUAUUCGCAGAUGCUGAAAAGGAAUAUAAAGAAAAAGCAGAAGAAAGCGGUUUACAUAUCAUCAUCUUCGAUGAAUUGGACGCCAUCUGUAAACAACGUGGUAGUAAAAACGACGGUACGGGUGUGGGUGAUUCGGUCGUCAACCAGCUGUUAUCCAAACUCGACGGCGUGGAUCAACUAAACAACAUCCUCCUCAUCGGAAUGACAAACCGAAUGGACAUGAUCGAUGAAGCCCUCCUCCGUCCAGGAAGAUUAGAAGUCCACAUGGAAAUCUCCCUCCCGGACGAAUUCGGUCGUCGUCAAAUCCUCAAAAUCCAUACUUCCAAAAUGCGUGAUAACAACGUAAUGGACAAAGACGUCGACAUCAACGAACUAGCAGGAAUGACAAAAAACUACUCCGGCGCCGAAAUCUCCGGUGUUGUCAAAUCCGCCUCAUCGUUCGCGUUUAAUCGACACGUUAAAGUCGGUACCGUCGCUGGCAUUUCGGAUGAUAUUGAGAAUAUGAAGGUCAACCGUCAAGAUUUCUUAAACGCCAUCGAUGAGGUUAAACCGGCAUUCGGUGUUAGCGAAGAUGAACUGGCCAAUUGUUUACAAGGUGGUAUCAUUCACUAUAACUCCUAUGUGGAACAAAUCCUCAAAGAAGGCCAUUUAUUCGUCGAACAAGUCCGAAAGAGCGAACGUACACCCUUAGUAUCGAUAUUACUCCACGGCCCUCCAUCCUCCGGCAAAACCGCCUUAGCAGCCAAAAUCGCAAUCGACAGCGGAUACCCCUUCAUCAAACUCCUAAGCCCAGAGGCCAUGGUCGGAAUGAACGAAAUGGGUAAAGUCAGUUAUAUCAGCAAAGUCUUCAUGGACGCCUACAAAUCCGCAUUAAGCGUAGUGGUUCUCGACAACCUGGAACGGUUGAUAGAUUACGUCCCCAUCGGUCCUAGAUUCUCCAAUGCGGUUUUACAAACUAUUCAGGUGCUGUUGAGGAGGAGACCGGAUAAUGGGAGGAGAUUAUUGAUCUUGGCUACUACCACCAGCAGAAGCGUUCUGUCGCAGUUGGAUGUGUUGAAUACUUUCGAUGGAGAAUUAGGAAUUCCUAACGUGGGGACGCACGAUGAACUCGCGCAUAUCUUGCAGGAGCUCAAGGCGUUUGAUCAGAGGGAGGUACAAUCCGCGAUCAGAGAGAUUGCAGAUGUAACCCAAUCUAGAAAAUUGGGUGUUGGGAUUAAAAAGAUUAUUUUGGCGGUUGAAACGGCUUUGCAGGAUGAAGAUAGAGCGGGAAGGUUUGCAAGUGUGGUUUCUAGAGCCGUUGGAGAAGCUAGAGCCCUGGAACCGGAAGAUCUGGGACACCAACAGCCGCAGAUACAGCAGAUACAGCCGUUACAGUUGCCGAACGUGCAGGGGAGAGGACAAGCCGGAGGCGGGUUUGAACAGGGUUAUGCCGGAAGGUAUUAG